CAAUCGACUAUCGAAGGCCGUAUCUAAGAUCUCCCUUUUAGAAACCCUAAUUCGGCUGCAACCUCCGUCUCACCAUCGUUCUCUUCGAAGGUUGAUUAUUCUGGUCCAGGAUCUUCAGCAAUGGCUCCUAAAGCUGACAGUAUCAAAAAGGCUGAUCCCAAGGCUCAAGCCUUGAAGACUGCCAAGGCAGUGAAGUCUGGUCCAACAUUCAAGAAGAAGGCUAAGAAGAUUAGAACUUCAGUCACAUUCCAUAGGCCAAAGACAUUGAAGAAGGAUAGGAAUCCCAAGUAUCCCAGGAUCAGUGCUACUCCAAGGAACAAGUUGGACCAGUAUCAAAUUCUCAAAUAUCCACUGACCACAGAAUCUGCAAUGAAGAAAAUUGAGGAUAAUAACACCCUUGUUUUUAUUGUUGACAUUCGUGCCGACAAGAAGAAGAUUAAGGAUGCCGUGAAGAAGAUGUAUGACAUUCAGACCAAGAAAGUGAACACUUUAAUCAGGCCAGACGGAACGAAGAAGGCGUAUGUUAGGUUAACUCCAGAUUAUGAUGCUCUGGAUGUGGCGAACAAGAUUGGUAUCAUAUAAACUGCAGAGCUUGAAGCUGCUAGUAUUUUCAUUGCAAUUGUUACAUGUUUAAAUUUUGGAGAGCAUUUUGCAGUAGGACCCAAGUUUUAUUUAGCUUUUUUUUUAGUAUGUAUUGGUAUUUGUUUGCUCAGAAUACAUGGAAUGAUGGAUUAUGAAUUCCGAUAAUUUUCUUUGUAGUUUGCUUCA